UAUUGGUAUUAUCAGUCAUGGUUAACAGAUGACUCUCGCACACCGCCCACCUCACUAUGGGCCAGGAACUGCAGUCCCUCCUCAACUCCCUCCACCCCCGGCACCAGCCCUCAACAUGGAGCCUUCUUCAAGCCUGGCCUACAGACCAACAUGGCGAGGGGGAAGGAUGGCCGAUACCAUUCCCUGCUCUGCGGCCGAGUUCCAAAUCCUUAGCUUGCUGGAAACCAUCAAACAGCAAAACGACCAGCUUGUGGCUAAGGUGAACCUGCUCACCAGUAGGAUGAACAGCACCCCGGGGCCAGAUGCGGAGAUGCCAGACAGCUUUCAGUUUCCCCUGGAACAAUUGGAGACAGUGGAGGCAUUUGAAAUGUUUUUAAAGGAACCGUCAAAUGGCCCAGCUCGACAGAGAGUGAUUUCAUCUUUGGCCACCAUUGGAGGCCAGGAUGUGAAGAGGGUGACCUGGAACAUCCUGGGCAGGCUGUUCACAGAUGAGGUCUCCCAUCAGAUCAAUUGGAAGGGUGUCAACAACAAAAAGCCUUUUAGUAGGAUGGCAACAAAGACCUUGCUUUUCAGUGCUGUGAGGAAAAACGUGGUGACGCGGUCAGCCACGGACGCGGAGGUCACCAAACACGCCAUCAGGUGGUUCAACCUGGCGGCGGAUCGGGCGGCGAGGAGACGUGUCCCUCCUCCAUCCACUCCUCCACCCGAAUAA